AUGGCCGCCUCUGCACAGCACGCCUCGAAGUUCCAACGUUUUCUCAAUUCAGAAACCGGCCCAAGAACUGUCCACUUCUGGGCGCCUGUGUUCAAGUGGAGUUUGGUGAUUGCUGGUUUGAGUGAUAUCCAAAGACCAGUGGAGAAGCUUAGUGGAACCCAGCAGUUGGCAUUGUUUUGUACGGGAGCCAUCUGGACUAGAUGGGCAGGAUUCGUCAUUAGACCCAAGAAUUACUUGUUGGCCAGUGUCAACUUCUUCCUUGGCGGUGUUGCCGGCUACCAGCUAAUCCGGAUAGUCAACUACAGAAGAAAUGCUGGUGAUUCGCCAGCACAGGUGUUCAACUAUAUCUUUAAGGGAGACGAAGCGACUGCUUCGCCUGCUGCUGCCAAGGUCGAGUCUUAG